AGUAAAGAAUGUUUAUAAAUUUUUGCUCUUUAUUAUUUUUUUCAUAAACAUAGUUUGAUAUUAUUAUGGUACAAAUUUGCGAUAUAAUAGCAGUAAAAGUUUUGAAAAAUAAUCAGGUUUUUGUGGGUAUCGGAAAUAAUGUAAGGUAUUAUUCGAAUGUAACAUAUAAAGAGGUUCCAUGGAGAAUCAAGAGAAAGAUACAUGGAAUAGAUGUAGAUGAUGAAAAUGAUGUUGUUUUAGUAUAUGGCGAAAGACAAUUUAUUUUAUUCAGUAAUGAAAGGAAUGAUUUUAAAUUAAUUUAUUCAGGGAGAAUUAAUGAUUGGAUCAGUUCUGGAAAAUUACUUCAGAAUGAUAAAUUUUGUUUAGUGACUGGUCAUUUGACUGCAAUUGAAUUAGAAUACAAUAGAGAACUGCAAACAUGUACUAUAAUAAAUAAAAGUUUUUGUUUUGAUAAAACUACGUUGUAUUGUUCUUCCAUACUAGGAAAAACUUGGGAUGAUUUAAUUAUUUUUGGUGGCACUGCUAUGAAUGUAAUUGUUUUCAGACCUCUAUCGUCUAAUAUUAUUCAACGUUUAAGUGGAAAUAAUGGUGUAACCCUUUCUGUAGAUGUUAGUGUAGAGUUUAAUAUUUUAAUUACGACAUCAGAUGACAGAUCUCUUAAAAUUUAUAAUUUCAAUAUCCAGGAAAAAAUUAGAGACGAUUACAUAUGCAAUAAUCCUAUUUCAACAGAUUCUUUCAUACAGAGUUACGGUCACACAGCUCGAGUGUUCCAAGGUAAAAUAAUAAAAAAAGGAAAUGUACCGUACAUUCUUACUGUAGGAGAAGAUUCAAACCUCUGCGUGUGGAACAAUAAAGGUCAACUUUUGUUUCGAAGGUUACAUCAUUUCGGUGCUGCUAUUUGGAACUUAGAUUAUGAUUAUGAAAGUGGUGCAGUAUUUACCACUGGGUCUGAUGGAAAUUGUAAAAAAUAUGACUUAAACUCUAUCUUAUCGAAUAUUUCUAUUCAAUCUAAAAUUGAAACUAUAGAUUGUUUACAAACCCCUAGCGAAAAUUCUAUGAAAUUGGACAAAUUUGAAAAAAUUGCCUUCUUGUGUAAUGAUAGGAUUGUAGUUGGAUUGACAAAUCAAAAUUUUUUGAUGGUAAAAAUUGGCAGUGAAACAUGGGUGAAGAUUGAUCAUUUACUUGAAAAAAAGACCUGCCAGGAAUCAUUGUUAAAAACAAAAUGUUCAAUUUUAAAAACAUAUAAAAACUUAAUUUACCUAGCAGCUUUUAAAACUUUAAUAAUUAUUGAAUUUGAUCCUGUUGCACACAAGUUUAGAAUUAAGAAAAACGAAGUAGUUUCAAAUAACUAUAUAAAAUCAAUAUUCUUUUUGAAUGACGAUGAAUACUUAGUAUGCGAUGAAACUGGAAAUUGUAAAUUAUUUAAUAAGAAUUCUAAUGAAUAUGUUGCAAUUGCAGUCCCAAAAAGUAGAGAACCUUGGGUAACAUGUGCAUUUAAAUUUGAAGAAUAUUUUUUGUUGAGCAACCGUCAGGGAAACCUCUUUUUGUACGUUUAUGAAAAUUCUAACUUUGUGCUUAAAAAUUGUUUAAAACACGUUAAUGGUAACUUUGGGAUCACUAAUAUUUGUUUAGAAAACGAUUUUAAAAAUUUUGCAAUUUUGAAAACAUAUGGUCAUGAUAAUACUAUAAAAAUCAUAAAGCUAAAUAAAGGACUGCAAAACAUUGCUAUAAUUUCAAGACAAAAUAUUCCAAUUGUAUGGGUAGAGAGAGUUUUUAAAUUCUUAGAAGAGGAAUACAUAGCAGGGUUUAAUUCAACAAGUUUCGUUGUAUGGAACAAAAAGGAUGGAGAGGUAUUCAGUUUUAAUUGUGGUGGUGGGCAUCGAUUUUGGGAUUGUUUUAUUAAUGCUAUAGAAAAUACUUUGAAAUUAAUUUUUAUAAAGAAAGGAAGCAUACAUGUUGUAGAUACAAGUUUUAAAAAUAUCUCAAAAAAUUUAGUUAAUAUAAUUCAAUAUCGAUGGCAUAUGAAAGAAUGCAACGUACUAAAAGUAAUAAACAAUGAAUAUUUAGUAUCCGGAGGAGAGGAUAAUAUUUUAAAAAUAAGUAAACUUGAGAAAAACGUUUUACAGUGUGAAAGAAGUUUAAAUGUAAUUCAAGAUAUGAAUCAACAUAUUUCUAAUAUAAGAACAAUUGAAAUUUGCCAUGUUUCGGAGGAUUUCUUAAUAUUUUCCGCUGGAGGAAGAGCACAAAUUUGUGUAAGUAAAUUCAACACUAAGACGCUAUUCUUGGAAGAAGUUUCUACUUUUAUGUUAAGGUCAACAGACUUUCAGAAAAACAAUAGUAAUAAAGGAAAAAUUGAUUUUGAUCCUGAAACUCGUUUUAUGGCCAUGGCAUUAUUAUGUAAUGAAAAUAAUGAAAUUGAAAUAUUUUCUGGUUGUUCAGAUGGUUAUAUUCGGAAGUUUCGUUUUAUAUAUGGAAAUAUUAAGUUUGUUGAUGGAUUGUUUUACAAUAGAUGUAUAAUGCAAGUUAAUAUUAUAAAAAAUAAAUUAUUAUUAUCAGCUUCAACAGAUGGUACCAUUAAUAUUUGGAAUACAAUUGACUUUUCUUCUCAUUCCAAAGCUCUAUAUAAAAUAAAACAUCAUGAAAGCGGAAUAAAUGCUAUUGAUAUUGCAGAAAAGGAUAACCAUAUUUACAUUAUUACGGGAGGCGAUGAUCAAAGUAUAGUGUUUUCUACAAUUAAAUAUGAUAAUUGUACAAAUUUUUAUUUAAUAAAAAAAACAUGUUUUGAUUUUCUACAUACUGCACAAGUCACUGGAGUGAAAUUUACUAAUGAUAUAAAAUAUUUCUAUUCAACAUCUGUUGAUCAAACCGUUUGUAAAUUUUGUCUUGAAACUAAUAAGUUAAUUGAAAACAAAUCAAUGUGUGUAGCCGACAUUAAGGGAUUAGAAAUAUUACAUGAAAAUGAUAAAAUUUCUGGCGUAGUUUAUGGCUGUGGUAUUGAAAGUUUCUAAAUAAAUUAUGUUUUAUUAAUGUGUACAUAUUAUGUAUGCUAUAAAAUAUAUAUAUAUACACGUAUUUUUGCAUUUUAUGACUAAAAACAAAUUUUGUAAUUAAAUUUUUUAUGUUGCUAUUAUCUAGACAUUAA